AUGCAUCUUGAUUCUAAUGUCCAAAAGAAAAACUAUAAGCUCAUGUUUAAUGGUGUUGUUGUCGAGAAUAAGUGGCAGCUUUACCAAUUGCACUCCAUUAGUUAUGAUUCAUUAUCAUCAGUAGCAUCUACCUACGAAUUUCAAGAUUGUGUUGUUAAAAUGGAUUACUCAUUCAAAGUUGCCGUUGAACAUGAUGCAUUGAGAAGUUCAUGUGAUGGUUUGCUUUGCUUAGGGUUUUACAAGGGUUUUCCAAGAAAUUUGAGUCUUUGGAUUUGGAACCCUUCCACAGGGGAGUACAAGAAACUUCCUUCCCCACCGCGUGAAGAUCCGAAUGACAGUAAUAACUUGUGUCUGUCAGACUACUUUGCCAUAUAUGCUUUAGGAUAUGAUUGCAAUAUAAAUGAUUACAAGUUGGUGAGAGUUGUAAACAUGAUAGGAAAUGAUAGUUCAAUUUGUAUUUAUACCCUGGGAUCAAACUCCUGGAAGUACAUUCGGACCAUCCCCUAUAGGAUUCAUGCUUAUAGAUGGUCUUGGAAGAUUCUACCAGAAGAACUUCUGGAUAAGAAAGAAUUCUUCAGUUCUUUGGGAGAGUGGGAAGACUGUCUCUGCCUACUUGUUAAUGCUCAUAACUCAAGGUAUGAUGUAUGGGUGAUGCAGAAGGAUGCAAUUCACAAAUGUUGGACUAAACAUUUUUCCAUUACCUUAGAAAUGGUGGAUCCCUUUCGGUGGCUGAUGUGGUCUUUCAUGAAUGAUAUGAUUCUACUUAAGACUUCCCGUGAUUUGGUACUAUAUGACCCGAAGAAUGCAAGUGCAGGAGAAACAUAUAAUCAUCGUCCAAUGCUGGUGGGAGAAGUGGAGAAUUAUGUCGAAAGCCUAGUUUCACUCAACUCUGGUACUUACUUGAGGGAGACAGGAAUCUUGAAGUGUCAGAUGGAAACAUGA